UUACAACAUAAGUUUAGCUCAUUCAGUCAAAAUCCUUUGUCCGAGUAGUUGUAGCGAUUAAACGUUGCUCAUUUAGAGGAAAUUACAAGAUGUGAAUGCUGCCAGUGUCUACUGAAUAAAAUGUCAGAUAUGAUUUACAAUCACACCUUGAGAAUGCGAAGCAGCUUUGCCAACUGAAUAUAAAUUCAAGUAAGUUAAUUUGAAUAUUAGAUAUUGUCUAUCGAGUUUCAUUGUUCGUGCAAACCCGUUCACUUGUUGGUUCAACAUCAUCCUAAUUGUUGAAUGCAACAUCUUUUGCUUUAUUUUGAACGCUAUGUCGGGUCAAAGUUCGCUAUGCCGGGUGAAUGAUGUUGGGAGAUGUUAGAUACAGUUUGAUUUUAUUCGAAAUUUUCAUCCAACAGUUCACCCAGUUCACAGACACGGUCCAGCAUUCUUUGAUUAACAAGAUUCUUUGAUUUUAUCGUCCACCUUGCCCAUGGCAUUUUGCACUCCGUCCCCUAGCCGAAAUAUAUAUAUAUAUAUAUAUAUAUAUAUAUAUAUAUAUAUAUAUAUAUAUAUAUAUAUAUAUAUAUAUAUAUAUAUAUAUAUAUAUAUAUAUAUUGGCCUUUGCAUGCGGAUGGUACUAAAAGUGAAACCAACUAGAUGGAUACCAAUCUCGCUAUCGAUGGCUUUGUGUACGAGAUUGGAUGGAUAUUGAGCAUCAACUUAUAAAGUUUUCUGCCGAUCUUUGACUUUUCAGAGUCUAAUAUCUAGUCCUCUGCAUGCGCGCCUCUCUUCUCCCGCCCGCACUAAACGCCUGCUACGCAGGCUAGAUGCGCGCUUAUUCAGUUCCGUGACGUCUCUGAGGUAACACUUUGCAACUUUCAGUAUGAGCUAUCCUCCCUGAAAUACUUGUGAUAAGCUGCAAUAUUGCUUUAUCAGUUAACUGUUCCAUCUAUAGAGGUUCAGUAAUAGGCAUUCGGGAAGAGUACUGAUAACAAUUAUACUGGAUAGCCCAAUAAGAGCCAUCCUACAAGGGCGACAAUCCUAUGGUAGAAAGUAGAACCUGUCAUUUUUAGAUUAUUUUUAUUAUUAUUAAAUUUAAUAAUUUUAGUAUCGAACUGUCUUUAAGCCUCAUUUUGUAUAAUUUCUUGGAAUUAACAACGACCACAAAUGCUUAAAAAAUAAACAAUUUUAUUGUUUACAACGUUUCGGAGUGUUACUCCAUCUUCAGGUAAUAAAGAUUGCCCCUUUAUUACCUGACGAUGGAGGAACACUCCGAAAAGUUGUAAGCAAUAAAAUUGUUUAAUUUUUAAGCAUUUGUCAGUCGUUGUUAAUUCCAAGAAAUUAUUAAAUUCGUCACAAAUUUUUAUGCCGUCACUGAUAUACAUUAAAUGUUGCAAGACAACCUACGUGACUGGGAUAAGGAACAGGACGUUCGUCUCAAUACACCCUUUCGAUAAUUACGUCGCAAUUACACUGACUGUUUCAACUUAGGACCACCUUAAAUGAAAGGAUUUCAAGUUUUUUUUCUCAUGGGAUAUGGACAGAGAAGCAGAACAUCCUUCUUCAACACAUGCGCGAAAUAACAUUUGGAUUUUGAUCAAUAAAUAUAGAGCCUCGCUUUGGUGUUAAAGCUUAUUUCCACUAUUUAUUGGUCAAAAUGAAGAAUUCUUUUUCAUGCAUGUGUUGAAGAAGGAUGUUCUUCUUCUCUGUGCAUAUCCCAUGAGAAAAAAACUUGAAAUCCUUUCCAUUUAAGGUGGUCUUAAGUUGAAAACAGUGUAGUUGUGACGUAAUUAUCGAAAGGGUGUAUUAAUAUCAUACCCUUAGAUGCGGUCUAAUUACGCAAUUUUCUUUUAGAACGGACAAAUUGUCUUUGAUCUCAGUGCCAAGUAAAAAUGGCUACAGCUUAUUCGCCAUCCUCAAACUGGGUUCUGCAUUGUCGGAAAUGCAGAUGCCAGAUUGUCCCAUUGAAUAGCUUAGAAUUGACCUUACUCGGCUCGAAUGGAAUUCACCUCAACUUGAGAGCUGAUGUUGACGUCGAAGAUGUGAUAGAAAAAGUACAAAAUCCAGACCCAAGGAAAAGAGAGCGUGCCCCUUUCAAGGCCAUUUGCCAAGGGCGAGCUGGGUCCUUCACCUCUGGGAAGUGUGAGAAUAGCUUGGGGUCUUAUAUGAACAACACACUGUCAUUCAGUGCCAACCAAGUGUACUUUUGUAACAGACGGGAAGAAAUAAAAUGGAAGAAGUGGUCCGAAGCAAAAGAUAGCUUACAAGGAAUGGGGAUUUCUGUUAAAAGCAGAAGCACUAUGUCUGACGAUUCCGCCAUUUUGGCAAAUCCCAGACCCCGGGUGGAUCCCUCGCGCUUGGUCUACUGUGAUGUAACGCUGACCAGCAGAAACACAAUCGGCAAGCUCACAGAAGACAAGCCACGUGAAUACCAAAGAUCGUUAUUCCUGAAAGCCAUGGAAGGAAACUCUCUCGUGUACCUACCCACCGGGUGUGGUAAGACGCUGAUAGCAGCGAUGGGCAUAGCAUGCAUGAGAUACCUUAACUCGGACAAAGUGGCUGUAUUUUUAGCACCGAAGACUCCACUUGUACAGCAACAAUUCAAUUAUAUCAAAGGUAAAGAAUAG